CCCCAGUCACAAAUUCCUGGCUUGCUUCUUCCAAACUUCACUCAGCCCCAGGGAUGGCUCUGCAGGAUGUGUGCAAGUGGCAGUCCCCUGACACCCAGGGACCAUCACCUCACCUGCCUCGGGCUGGUGGCUGGGCUGUGCCCCGGGGCUGUGACCCUCAAACCUUCCUGCAGAUCCAUGGCCCCAGAUUGGCCCAUGGCACUACCACCCUGGCCUUCCGCUUCCGUCAUGGAGUCAUUGCUGCAGCCGACACGCGUUCCUCCUGUGGCAGCUACGUGGCGUGUCCAGCCUCAUGCAAGGUCAUCCCUGUGCACCAGCACCUCCUGGGUACCACCUCUGGCACCUCCGCCGACUGUGCUACCUGGUAUCGGGUGUUACAGCGGGAGCUGCGGCUUCGGGAACUGAGGGAGGGUCAGCUGCCCAGUGUGGCCAGUGCUGCCAAGCUCUUGUCAGCCAUGAUGUCUCGAUACCGGGGACUGGAUCUCUGUGUGGCCACUGCCCUGUGCGGCUGGGACCGCUCUGGCCCUAUGCUUUUCUACGUCUAUAGCGAUGGCACCCGCCUGCAGGGGGAUAUCUUCUCUGUGGGCUCUGGAUCUCCCUAUGCCUACGGCGUGCUAGACCGUGGCUAUCGCUACGACAUGAGCACCCAGGAAGCCUACGCCCUGGCUCGCUGCGCCGUGGCCCAUGCCACCCACCGUGAUGCCUAUUCAGGGGGCUCUGUAGACCUUUUCCACGUGCGGGAGAGUGGAUGGGAGCAUGUGUCACGCAGUGAUGCCUGUGUGCUGUACAUGGAGUUACAGAAGCUCCUGGAGCCAGAGCCAGAGGAGGAUGCCAGCCAUGCCCAUCCUGAGCCUGCCACUACCCACAGAGCUGCAGAAGAUAGAGAGCUCUCUGUGGGGCCAGGGGAGAUGACACCAGGAGACUCCCGGAUGCCAGCAGGGACUGAGACAGUGUGAGAAGCAGGACUUGGUUGGGGGUGGUGUAGGCCUGGGGAGCAGGUGGGAGGAUGAGCAGUGGGGGAGGGUCCUGCUGGCAGCAGCCUCACAGCAUCUGACUCUAGCCUGUAUGGGUUGCUGGCUUCAUUUAUUGCAAGUCUCUGUCCUUUCAUGACUCCCAGAGCUGUUAUGGCUCUGCCCAACAAGUUCCUGCUG